CCGGCUUGGUUGAUAAUAACUACUGGACGUCUUCCUCGUUCCAUACGAAACUACAGUUCCCAGCACGCUUCGCGGCGUCUCUGGCUCGCCGGCGACGAGACGAGGAAGCCGUCUCUUCUGCGGCCAGUUUUGCGGGGCGAUGGUGGUUGUUGUUAUUUAGAUGUCUAGGGAAGGUGGUCGUCGGCGUUAGUGUCAGGGUUGCUGGCUGUAGGGCCAGGUCUGUUGCAUCCUGUCCCGGAUACGAAGCAUGCAUCUGGGGAGGAACGUGUUUCUCCAAAAUCCAGCUGCUUCGGACUUCCCCCCUUUGAUCCUGAAAGACGGUGCAAGCUAAGAAAAAAAAUUGGGGGUGGGGUCCUUAAACCGAGAUGGCAGGUUUUGUUCUCUUCCCUUUCCUCUUCUUCUGCGUCUGAUGGCGGAGAAUCCAGGGUGAGGAAAACAACAGAACCACCCGAAUCCUGAAGUAUAUAUAAGGCUUGGUUUCGCAGAUCCUGCACGGGUCUGGCCGCCCUUCUUGGAGUGGGACGUCGGGAUCCUGAAAGGAUGAAGAGGAGGGACGAGUCUUCGUCGUCGGCGUUUGCUGGCCUCGGUGGGGCGGGAAGCCUUUUAAGGAGCAGCGAGCCCCCCGCGCUCUCCCCCGCGGCGUCCCCGGCGGCUUCCUUGCUGGAGGACGCCACGGAUCUGCUGGUGAUGCAGAGGGAUUUCGCGGCCGCCCUGGACAGGUGCGAGAGAGGCUGGCAGAGCCUCCUCCUGGCCGAGCCCGAGGACCAGGAGCGCGACAGCUCUGAAGUACUGAAAUGCUCCUUAUGUAUUGUGGGCAUCCAAGCCCUGGCAGAGAUGAAUCGAUGGCGUGAAGUCCUUCCCUGGCUUCUCCAGUACUACCAAGAUCCUGAAUGUUGGCCUCCUCAAAUCCUAGAACUGUGUAUCCUCCUCCACAGCAAAGUGGAAGAACCUCACUUGAUGCUGGAAAUUGGCAAUGACUGGUUGCGUUCUUCUGCCAAUCAAAACUUGCAUCAUUAUGGCCUGUUGGUUCAGCUGUACCUGUUCCAUGUGCUGCUGCCGCUUGGGCGCUUUGCAGAGGCAGAGGAGCUGGUCCAAGGCUGCAAAGACCUAAGCAUAGAGCAGCAGGUGGAGGCACAUGAGAGGAUUAAAGAGAAGCAGCGUCAGUGGCUGCAGCAGGAAGAGGAGGACCUCAGUCCUCCAGAAGAGCCAGAUGUGGCAUGGAAGCAACAACUGGGUUUUGUGUCCCAAAAAAUGUUGACUGCUUUGGCACAGCUGGGAAGCAUGCUAGGAUCCUUAGUAGGCCAGCUCUGUUUGAUCCCUUACAAGAAGACACUCCUGGCUGCUUUCAUGCUGUGUCUCAUUGUGGUGAGACUUGAUCCAGCCUCUCCAACUUCUCUGCCGUUUCUGUACAGGCUCCUCCAGCUGCUUCGUCAAGCCCGGAUGGCUGUGUUUUCUCCACACCACCGGCCUCCCAUGCAGGACUAACUGACUCUGCUUUCUCAUGCUGACUCAGUGUUGAUUGGAAAAUUAUGGAACAGACAUCAAAUCCAAGCUGACUCUCCAAGCUGUCUGGAAGGAGGGCACCGUGGGUCUCUUUGAAGGAGUUGUGAUCUGGGCUGAAACUCAGUUCAGCUGGAAGAUACUAUCACCAGUACCCCAUCUCUGCUGUCCUUUCUCUGUCUGGGGCCAUUUCUUUUGUACUGGAGUCUACAUCUGGAGCCACACUCCUGGAACAUCCUUACUUGUUAAGCUGCUGUUUAGAUCAGUGGCAUUUACAUCCAAGUAAACAUCAGGAUCAGGGUA